AUGCCUUACAGCACCCAGAAGAAAUCAUCCCGAGACAAGAUAUCCUCUUCUCGCCCCAAUUUGGGACGCAGGACUCCGCUUUCCUUCGACCCUUCUGUCGUCUCCACCCCAAGAUCCAGUUACCGGGCUGUAAUCACGUCUCCAGCCCUCAAAUCGACUGCAAGAGCUUCAAAUUCGAAUCGGCAGAAGAUAGAGGAAGAGAAGGACAAAGCAGCAGCAGGGGUUCUCUUGAAAUUGGGUUUCGUCUUGAUCUUGAUUUUGGCGUCGGAGACAGUGUUCUCCAUGUGGGUCACUAGUGCUCUGAAGCCUGUCUUUACAGCGGAUUCGGUAAGGGCAGCUGGUGAGAGAUCUAGGGUUGUGAAAGGGGGUUUAAGUGGAAGGUUGAUGUAUGUGCAGAAUCAAUUGCGGAAUUUCGCUCCUGGAGUAAGGGUUUCCAACUGCAGUUUCAAAGAUUCAGCUUGGAAAAUCAAUCAUAAUGGUCUGCUCUUGAGCUCCCAUUGUAUGCUGUACAAGUCAGGAACAGAGGAAGUAAAGAUUUGGGGAUGGCCUUUGCAAACUGCGGGGUUGAUCAAGACUGGAAUUUCUUCGCGUUCGUUCACCGUUCUAUCAGGCAGAGUCACGGAGUGGGCUGACGGAAAGAUUGGGUAUGUGAUACGAAGAGGGAACGCUUCGUGGGUUCAGAAGCAAUGGAGCGGUUCAGUGGUUCAAUUAGAUCCGAACACUUGGGUUUUGGAGUAUGGCCGAAGCUGGAUUGUUGCUGAUGACAAACCCAGAGGAGUACUGUCUUCACUUGUUGCAGAGCUCGUCAAAAUCAGGGUCUCGAGCUUACUGAAAACAAUGAAUUCUGUCUCUAUCUUCGAGGAGACUUACUCUUCUUUGUUCAAUGGACAUGGUCAAAUGAAGAAGAACUUCCCUACCUGAUGCUGAUGGAGAAGAAGUGGACCUAACCCUCUUGGGCUGUCACAGGUUUAAUGUGUUUGCUUAAGCUUCCUCCUGGGGAUCUUUUGUUGUUCUUUAAUCUUGUUUCUGUUGCUUCCGAGAAGAGAUUCAUUUUCUUUUAGUUUACUAGGUUGGAUAGUAGCUUUCCAUCUUCAUGAGUGGCUUCUAGCUUUCAAAGCAUUAGAAUUUAGAACUCCUCUUUGUAACUAAGCAUGAAAUGAUGUUCCCUGGAGUGUACAUUGAGUCAAGAACUGGAGUGUUAGUAGUUCAGUGCAUGGAAUUGCUUAGUUGAUUAUUCAGAUCUCAGUGCGCAGCAAAAUGUCUUCACACGUUUGAUUCCACUGAUAAUCAGGUGAGUUACCGUUUACACUC